CACAGGGAUGAGCAAAAAGUGUCGGGAGUCACCUACUCUUAAUACUAUCCCCCGUUUAUCACACUGACCUCUUGUGUCACCAACUUGUCCAGACUAAAGCCCAGCGGUUGAAGUCCUUUGUACAUUUAUUUAAUUCACUGUGAAAGGGGGGAAAUCACAUGGCCAUCGUUUUGGCCAAUGACCUUCCUCCAUCCCUGCUUCCACCUUCUUCCUUUUUUAAAAAAUUUUCUCCUACCAAGAAUGCCACAGAAAGUAUGUCAGAGCAAUACUUAAAGCCAAGAAGGGACUAUGAAGAGGAAUCCUAGCCUGCCACCCUCCUGGUGUCUUCAGAUGUUUGUUGUGUUGGACCUUACCGUGUCCUCUGUGGAAAGCCGGGGGUAUCUCUUAUUCUGCAGGGAGCAUUCACAUCAUAUUCAUUGAGAGAAGAUGCGACUGGGCCUCUUUACCGUCACUCCUGAGCAGCUGUUGUCAAGGCGAAAUGCUAUGCUACAAAAAUACUAAUGUACUCAAUACCUGUACGUGUAUGUUCCUGAAUAAAUUGGUUAAACAUAUCUUCUUGUUUGGUUUUUUUUUUCUUGAGAACCUUGAAAUAAAUGAAAAAUGUUCAGACAGGCACCUAUUUCCCAGAUAAAGACCUGUUUAUUUGCAUCUUCAAUUUUCAAAAAUGGUAGAGAAAUUUCUUAAUAGACUACAUUUAUUCACUGAAAAACAUUUAAGUCAUCAAUUUGGUUUUAGAACUAAUCGAUUCACCUUAAUGGUUGUAAUAUUUCUUUACCUUUGAAUAAAGUUUACUGUGGGAGUAUUUGCUACAGAAAGUAGAGAUGUGGAGGUAAAGCACAGCUGUAAACCAAGCUAUCUGGAAGAUCAGUACCAAUAUGGUAAAAGAAAAACUAAUCUUUAAGCGAAGUUGCUCUAAAUCAAUUGUGGAGUCCUUCAAGGCUCCAUCCUAAUUUAUUCAUAUAAUGAUGAACUCUAAAGUUUUGGAACAGUUUUUACAUUUUAUAUUUGCAAAUGACAAAUCUAAACUAAAGUGGAAGCCAUUUAUUAAAAACAUUUAAAACUUUUUCUGUCACAAAAUUAACUUUUUAGACCGACUCUAUUCUUGUACUGUUGUACGGACCUUCAUCGUUCCACGUUUCGCUGUAACUAUAUAAAAAGUAACCUUAAGAAAUCUUGAAAGUUCCUGUGCUUUCGUGGAGUUUUUAUUUUUCGCGCAAAAUUCCGCCAGAGGGCGCUGUGGUGCUAUAUUUCAAACACAUGGCACUUCAUGGACUCUUAAGGGGUUUGCACUGGAAAUGAAAUAUGACCACAAACUCAUCAACCAAGAAAUAUACAGUAAGAAAAGGCGAACCGCAGCAGUGAUAAUAAAUAUGACAUCGUGGAAGUAAUGUAGAUUAGAACUAGUUGGUAAUGGAUGGAUGUAAAAGCAGCCUCAAGGAUUCAAAUUUGUAGUAAAGUAGAUUUUCUUCUGCAAACUUUAAAAAGGCAAGCAAAAAAAGAAAAGAGAAAAAUCUCAGGGGAGUGAAGAUGGAGGUCUCGCUGUGUAGUAUAAAGGGGAGUCUUAAUGACCGGACUUCCACGGUGUCGGGGGGUUUCACUCUACUCAGGGGGGCGGUGCACUUCUCCAGACCCCUCCCGCCCCCAAAAGCCGCUACACAAACAGUGACCGGCAGGCAGACUGCUAGUCAGGCGCUUCUUCCACAUCCAGCAGCCACAGCUGCAUCCCGUGCCCGCAGCGUCUCCGGGAUAGAACGCCAUCGAUCAAGCAGCGUCCGAGCGUCCAUCAGGCUGGAGGUCCGCAGCGGUCGGCCGAGCAUGCUGGAAAACGGGAGGAAGGUGUACAAGGAGGGUCUGCUGGAGAAGCGGAGCGACGGGCUGCUGCAGCUUUGGAAGAAGAAGCACUGCGUCUUGACCGAGGACGGCGUGCUGCUGCUGCCGCCCAAGCAGCACGAUCACCCGCAGCAGCAGCACGGCGGCGGCGGCGGGGACACGGGGAAAGUCAAGGAGCUUCACUUCGCCAACAUGAAGACGGUGGACUGCGUGGAGCGGAAAGGCAAGUACGUCUACUUCACCGUUGUCAUGACUGAGGGGAAGGAGAUCGACUUCAGGUGCCCGCAGGACGAGGGCUGGAACGCGGAGAUCACCUUGCAGAUGGUCCAGUACAAGAACCGGCAGGCGAUCCUAGCCGUCAAGUCGACCCGGCAGAAGCAGCAGCUGCUCGUCGUGCAGAUGCCCGGGCAGAAGACCGUCCGGAGCUCCCCGAGCGUGGCGUGACCCGCGGGGAGCCCCGCACACACCGGCGCGCCUUCAGCGGUGAAUCUGACACUCGGCCGAGGAAGACAAUGAACCCAGGCUUCAUCUCCCCCUGCUGCUGCUUCACCAAGCUCCAUUCUCCAGGAGAACUGAACACCCCACACCCCAAAUCAUGAUGUGGUCUCCACACACCAGCCCCCCACUCCUCUUUUCAGUACAGAGACUUGCUUCACAAAAGACUGAUGGACUAAAAGCAUGUGAGAAAACAUCUGUAUUCUACCGUGCAAUGGGUUUCAUCCCCUAUUUAUUAUACCUGUAUAUAUUUUUUUAUAUAUAUAUAUAAAAAAAGAGUUGUCUGAAUGUCAAGUGUGAGAGUCACUGGAGGUAGGCAUUUGGUCGACGUGGACUAUCUAACAAACUGGAGCCUCGAGGGAACGUUUGGUGACGUUCCCUAAAGGUUACGAAGCCUGAAACUUUCAAGAGACGAUGAUGAGGAAAGGCUGGCCCGGUGACACGCCAGUCCUUCCUGUAGCUUUUAGGGAACGUUCUCUCAACGUUCCCUAGGGUGGAUGCUGUAUGUUAGUUGAACCAGCUCGUUAUGGAUAAGACGUGUCAAUGCUUCUGGUUUUAUUUUCUAACAGAGCCAAAGACUCAUUUGAUACAUUUCUCUUGUUGCGCAGUGUUUCCUCUCACUUCACUAAACAUGUACAGAACGAGAAAAUGAUCAUGCUGUGGAUUAACGGUUGGGUUUAUAUGCUUGAUUUCAACGGUGUAUUUUAGUGUUUCCAUUGUGUGCUUUGAUUGCUUUCCGCAAUUUUAUUUUGCUACAUUUGUAAAUUGAAGGGAAAGCUGUUGCUAUGUUCAUAAGUGAUGGUUGUACUCUGGCUUUUUAACCAUGGACAAUAGGUUUAAGGUGACUAUUUCAAAAACUGAGCUGCUUCAGAGACCAUUUCAAUUCUUGGAUUAAAUCUUAGUGGAAACGUAACACCACACUAAACUUAGUUAGAUCUCGACUGAUCAGAACCACACCAGAAUCGUCACAAUCAACAAAAUGGUUGUCUUGUCAUGAGGCUUGUUGUGCCUCUGAUUACAAGAUUUAGCCAAAGCUCUUUCUCUUGGCUACAGAAACCAGGAAUUUAUUGAAAUAAGUUAGCAUCUGAGUGAUUCGCUUUGUUUGCUUGUGAUGCGUUUGGUUUGUAUGCUGAAGUUGGAAUUUUGACUUGGUAAAUCAGAGCUUUCCAAUUAGCUCAGGUCCAAAAUGUUGCACUUCUGAAAUGUUGUCUUGUUCUUGGCUAUUUCAUAAUAGUUAUUUAAAAAAGGAUUGUUCAAAUGCAAGUGUGAAAAGGUACGAAACAGAAGAGUAAAACAACAAAAUAGUGGCGUGUGAAUACACAAUAGAGUAAGAAUUGGCAAUUGAGCAAGGUUUGCUAUUUGUACACUUUUUGUUUUUCUUUGUGGCAGAAAGUAGCUGCGUAGCCAGCUAAUGUAGCUUCGUAGCUGUUUGAUUUGUUAGCUUACCAAUAGCUGUCCGUAAACAGUGUGACAAUACAGAUUGUCAAACUGUGUGUGACAAUACAGAUUG